UUAACGUCAUCAGAUAGCGACACUGUUUUCUAUACCCUAUGAAGUGAGCUGCGACUUCUGUGGACUAUUCUGUUUCUCUUUCGAAUACUCAAAAUUACAACUGGUGUUAAUAACUGCUUAAAAUGAAAUGUUUGAUUGCAGAAAUGUCGCUAAUGAAUGAGACCUAACUUCCUCCAAAGAAUCUGGCGUCAGGACUUGAUUCGGAAGAGCAUGGGUCAACAGAUCUCUAGCCAGACCCAGAUGGUCAUCAACAAGCUUCCGGAGAAGGUGGUGAAGCAUGCAGCCCUGGUGCGAGAGAGUGGCUUUCUUACCUAUGAGGAAUUCCUGGGGAGAGUGGCAGAACUCAAUGAAGUAACUACAAAACUGGGAGCUGGCCAGCAGAAGCAUCUAUUAUUCGAAGUCCAGCCUGGCUCUGACUCGUCUGCAUUUUGGAAAGUUGCUGUGCGAGUAGUUUGCACAAAGAUAAACAAAGUCACAGGGAUUGUGGAAGCCACCAGGAUAAUGAACUUGUACCAGUUCAUUCAGCUGUACAAGGAUAUCACCAGCCAGGCAGCUGAGGUGCUAGAUGCAGAAGGGGGCUGUGCAGGAGCCUCUGGAGAAGAGUCUUCAGAGACAUCAUGCCAGGCCAGCAUGUGGAUGGGCAGGGUGAAGCAGCUGACUGAUGAAGAGGAAUGUUGUAUCUGUAUGGAUGGCAAAGCUGACCUCAUACUGCCAUGUGCUCACAGCUUCUGCCAGAAAUGCAUUGAUAAAUGGAGCGAUCGCAAUCGAAACUGCCCCAUCUGCCGCUUGCAGGUGACUGCAGCCAACGAGUCCUGGGUCAUGUCUGACGCUCCAACAGAGGAAGAUAUAGCAAGCUAUAUCCUCAACUUAGCCGAUGAGGCAGGCCAUCCUCACAGGCCUUGACCUCACCGCGCCACCCUGCAGAGUGUAACGCAUAGGGAGAACAUUAAAAUGACUCAUAACUAGUUUCAUGUGAUGGCCUGCUGCUGGUUAAGGAUGAAGAAAACCUGGCUUUCUGAUUUUCAGUGUUGACCAGCACACUGAAAAGCAUUCUACUGAUGCAUCCAGAAAAAUUACUGUGUGGUGUAGUUUUAAGACUAUCCUUUGGUGGGUUCUCGUACAUCCUGUUAGUAUUGGGAAGUCUUUUUUUCCAUUUAUACUUAUAAGCUAUCAAAAUGUGAAUUAAAGAAUUAAUGUGGGUUGGAUAAUCCAUCAGCAAUGACAGGAAUUCCAUUUGGCUGUGUCACUAUUAGUGCUAACCUAGAAAUUAAAUCAAGUUGCAGUACAUUUUUACUUUGAUAUCAUUUUCUAGCACACUGAUGUCUGAUGGUGAGGUGGUUUAUUUAACAUUUUUUUCUGUGGUAUUGUAUGACAUGAACUUGCAAUGGAGUUCUUUUCUUCCUGGUUUCAUUUCAUAACCUUAAAACAUCUCCCUAUGCAGGGGCUUGUUUUCAUCAACUUCUCACAUCAAUCAGAAAGGAGCUUUUAAAGUUAAAAAUGCAGGCUACUCCAACACUUAAGAUGCAGUCUUGAGUUACAGGCAACAUUAGUCUGCUCCAGUCACACUCAGGGAUGAAGUAUCAUAACAGUCAUGAGUGGUGAUAAAUGUACAUUUGAUUCAAAGUUUUUGGUAUAUGGAAUUAAUUAUGUCAACCUUCAUUGAUAAACUCUGCUGUAGUCUUCUUUCAUUUAAAAGGAAUCUUUAAAGAAAACUCAAUUUGCAUAUUAAAAUGAGCCCUGCUAUUACACCAGCUUUUGACACAGAACAAAGUGAAAUUCUGUAGUGUUGAUGGAUCCAAUCAAAACAUUUGUCAGAGAAAAGAGUUAAACUUUAACACACCUAAUAUUAAAAAAUAACAAAGAACUAAAAAAAUCUAAAAUCAAGUCAGAAGUGCUUGUAAACCGGUUUUAUAUGAUCCAGUGAUCUUAUGCUGUGCUUUGUUUUAAAAAAGCUGGCUUUGAUGUUUCUCUUGUUGCUCUUGAUCAUCUGUCAGUGUAGCAGUCAUAUUAAUUCCAUGACAUGUCAAAAGAAUGUGUUGCAAUCUGGGCACUUUUCCUAAAUUAUCUACAGAUGUUCAGCUCAGAAAAUUCCUAACUACUGCAUGUAUUUCAAAAUCCAGUCCUGAAAACAAUUGAUAAAUGCAAUUGAAGCACCUUGAGAUAAUUACAGUAACCUUAAUAUCUGUAAUGGAAAAAGUGCAUAUUACUAAUUUUAUAAUUGUUCAUGGUCUUUUUAUUAAGAUAUAUUGCCAUAUACUCAAUAUAUAUAUUUUAUUUAUGUACAUUUAUUGUUUGAAUAAUAUCAAUCAAUAUUGAUCCUAUUAGGUUGUGGAUAUAAAGUUAGGAUUUUGUUUAUUUUUUGGCUUGCAGUGCAUUUUAAAGUAGAAAAGGCUUGUGGUAUAAUUUCUUUGUAAUUUACCAAAGACAAGAAACACUUCUGAAAGUGAGCAUUUUGCCAUUUUGCAAUACAAAACAAAUGUCUUAAAGUACAGAUGGAACCAUGUCUUACUUCUUAGAUAUAAUCCAAUAAACUGAAGUCAAUACCAGUUAAUGUUUCUUUUGAUGUAUGGACUGAAGUAGAUUAUCCUGAUGUGGGGACUGUCUUGAGGCAGAUUUGAUAGAGUUUUAUGUGGAAACUUCAUUUAUGAUCCUAUACAAUGAAACAUUUCACACCAGAGAUAGAAAAGAACAUUUCUUUAGGUAAACUAAUCACUGAUUGUAAUCAGUGGUCAAUGGGAAAGCUUCAGUAGGACUGAGUGUUCACUUCAGAAUUCUUUGUGUUCAAAUCUGAAAUCUCAAAAGUAUUUGUAAUACAGGCAAUCUUGAUUAUACCCAAUUGCGGGUUUAAACACAUACUGUAGUAGUUUAAAUACUUGUGAUUUGUGAGUUGAAACCCCCUGUACUUAAUAAAUUACUUAUGUUCUUUUACAAAUUAAUUUAGGUUCUUUUUAAAAUAAUUUUGGAUUCACAUUGUAUGCUGUAGUAACCAGAAGAAUGCAACUGAUAAAAUGUGAUUUUCUGCACUUUUUUCAUGUUUUUAAACAAGUUACUGUAUUUAUAAAGCCUUUUUUGACACUCGAUAAUACAUGACACUAAAGCUAAUAUUUUUCUUGAUGUUUAAAAAUUAUAGAAUGGUCAGUAGUGUGUAAAAUUAUUAAUAUGAUACUUCCAUUAUAAACCGAGAGGAAUUACAAAAUCAGAAUUGGAAAGUUUCAUUUGUUGCAGUUUUAAUACUUUGCAAAACUAUUUCUAUUAGAAGGUAAAAAGACUUUUUUUAAAAUAAAUGAAGAGUAAAACGUACAGUAGCACAAAAUUACACUUCACUGUUUGUCUUUCAUUUCAAUGAAGUUUGUUGUGUGGAAUUAGGCCUUCCUCUUGCGUCAUAGAAUCUAUUUACAGUAUUCCUUAUCCUGGUUAUACCUAUUCCAAGACGUUUGCUUUGGUCUUAAAUAUGUUUACCCUCAGAGGGGUCUGGAAGAUGAGAUAUUUCCAAAAUGGAAACAAUUUAAAAACUGGAAAUUAUAAAAAAUAUCAAAAUAUAAUUAAAAUUGAUUCCCAAAAACAAAUGUAGAAAUUCUGAGAGCAUUCACCGAGUUAUUCAUGUUGCAUAUUUUGAUAAGCCGGAGAGUGUUAGUACAGUAUAUCGGAGGAAAAUGUUUGAGAUUUGAAUCAGCCUGUUUCCAGUGGAAAUACUCCUCUACCCCAAAAUUAAAAAAUGUGCAUUAUCUACUGUUUAGCUGUAUAAUGUUAAAAUAAAGCACUGAAAAAGCGUUGUAUAAUGUGUUCCAUACUGACUGUAGAAUAAUAAAAAAGGUCUUAACAUUCA